AUGGCGUACGUUAGCCAUCUGCCGUGCGACGGCGACGGCGUCUGCAUGCUCUGCAAGAGGAAACCGUCGGACGAGGACAAGCUCACCUGCAAGACCUGCGUCACGCCCUGGCACGUGGCCUGCCUCGUGACCCGACCCGAAAGCCUGGCAUCCACUCUCCAGUGGGAGUGCCCAGACUGCACGACGUUCUCCGGCGAAUCUCCGGCCGCUCCCGCCGUGAACUCCGCCGGCUCCGGCGAGUUGGUCGCGGCGAUCCGGGCGAUCGAAAAUGACGAGUCGUUGACGGAGCAGGAGAAGGCGAAGAAGCGACAGGAGCUGUUGAGCGGCAAAGCUGAAGUGGACGAAGAAGACGGAGGUCGUCAGAAGGGAGGGAGGGACGUCUUGGAUGUUCUGGAUAAAAUUUUCUACUGUUGCUUUUGCAUGCAGCUACCGGAGAGACCUGUUACGACACCAUGUGGACACAAUUUCUGCCUGAAGUGCUUCCAGAAAUGGGUUGGACAAGGGAAGCGUACUUGUGCAAAGUGCCGCAAUGCCAUUCCUCCCAAAAUGGCAAGUCAACCCCGCAUCAACUCUUCACUUGUAGUUGCCAUCCGUAUGGCUAAGGUGUCAAAAUCAAAUGUUACUGGGGGUCCUGCUAAGAUUUAUCAGUUUAUACAAAACCAAGACAGGCCUGACAAAGCCUACACUACAGACCGGGCUCAGAAGACUGGAAAAGCAAAUGCUGCCAGUGGCAAGAUAUUUGUCACUAUUCCAUCAGAUCACUUUGGACCUAUUCCUGCUGAAAAUGAUCCAGAGAGAAAUCGAGGUGUGCUGGUUGGGGAAAGUUGGGAGGAUAGGCUGGAAUGUAGACAAUGGGGUGUACACUUUCCCCAUGUUUCUGGUAUAGCUGGACAGUCCAAUCAUGGUGCACAGUCAGUUGUGCUUUCAGGUGGGUACCUUGAUGAUGAGGAUCAUGGAGAGUGGUUCUUAUACACUGGAAGUGGUGGAAGGGAUUUGAGUGGGAAUAAGCGAACAAACAAGGAACAGUCUUUUGACCAGACAUUUGACAAAUAUAACAAGGCUCUCCAAGUUAGUUGCUUGAAAGGUUAUCCUGUUCGAGUGGUAAGGUCUCACAAGGAGAAGCGCUCCUCUUAUGCCCCUGAGAAAGGUGUGCGGUAUGAUGGAUGCUACAGAAUAGAAAAAUGUUGGAAAAAGGUUGGAGUUCAGGGGUUCAAGGUCUGCCGGUAUCUUUUUGUCAGAUGUGACAAUGAACCUGCACCAUGGACGAGUGAUGAACAUGGGGAUCGACCUAGACCCUUACCUCCUAUUCCUGAGCUGAAGAAAGCCACAGAUAUAACAGAGAGGAAGCAAAGUCCAUCUUGGGACUUUGAUGAGAAAGAUGGCCGCUGGACAUGGAAAAUGCCAGCGCCUGUCAGCAAAAAGCCUGUUCAAGCAUUAAAUCCUGAUGAUCGAAAGAGGUCAAGGAAAGCAAUCAGGAAAGCACACAACACUACUGUCCGAGAUAGGCUCUUGAAAGAAUUCAGCUGCCAAAUUUGCCGGCAGGUGAUGACUUCACCAAUAACCACACCUUGUGCUCAUAACUUUUGCAAGUUGUGUUUAGAAGGUGCUUUUGCUGGUAAGAGUUUUGUCAGAGAAAGAAACAGAGGUGGGCGGUCUCUUCGAUCUCAAAAGAAUGUCAUGAACUGCCCUUCUUGUCCCACCGACAUCUCUGAUUUUCUUCAAAAUCCUCAGGUGAAUAGAGAGAUAAUGGAUAUGAUUGAGUCUCUAAAAUCUACAAGUGAAGAGGAGCAGAAUGUGGAUCCACCUGAGGAGUCAAGUGAAGAAGGAAUGGCUGAUUCCGACAAUGAAGCUAGCACUCAGAUGUCUGAAGGAAAAGUCGUUAAUGAUGGCGGGCAGAAUUCUCCUUCAACCCACAAGUCCACAAGGAGCCCCAAACGUGUGAAAUUUGAUCUUGGUGAUUGCUCAACAAAGACGGAUGAUGCGGAGGAAAAUGAAAUUCCUGCUGUCCAGACUGAUGGUUUGGAGGGAGAUUCUGAGCUGGGAAAUCCUAAAGAGAGCAACAAGUCAGUGGCUCCAGUUGCAAAGCAUGGGAGGAAAGCUGCUGGUCAGGAGGCCCUGGAAGAGGAAGCAAUGGGAGAUGAUGAAGGAAAUGGUUCACCAUCAAGUCCUCUGCAGGUGCAAUCUGAUGAGGAUCCACAAGAGAGCAAUAAGUCGGAGGCUCCAGUUGCCAAGCGUGGGAGGAAAGCUGCUGGUCAGGCUGGUGUUGAAGCAAAGACCAGAGGAAGGAAGAAGGCUCCGGAGGAGGAAGCAUUGGAAGAUGAUGAAGGAAAUGGUUCACCAUCAAGUCCUCUGCAAGUGAAAUCUGUUGAGGAUGCAAAGGAGAGCAAAAAGUCAGUGGCUCCAGUUGCAAAGCGUGGGAAGAAAGCUGCAGUUCAAGGCAGUGUUGCAGCAAGGACCCGAGGGAGGAAGAAGGCUCAGGAGGAGGAAGCAUUGGGUGAUGAUGAAGGAAAUGUUUCACCAUCAAGCCCUCUGCAUGUGAAAACUGACGAUGAUUUUGAAUGA